AUGUCUCUCAGCACCCCUCUCCGCCGCGCCUGCCUCCCCUCCCCCUCAAUCCCCCAAACCCAAUGCCGCCACGCGACCCUCAUCCGCCGGCCCAAACGCCCCUACACCUUCACCCAGCUCGUCACCCUCUCCGACGGCAGCACCUACACCCACCGCACCACCUCCCCGGCCCCGGUCUACGUAUCCACAAAGGACACGCGCAACACGCUGCUCUGGAACCCUUCGAGCCAGAAAAUGCUGAACAUCGAGGCCGACGAGGCGGGCAAGUUGAGGGCGUUUAGGGAGAAAUUUGGGAGGGGGUGGGAUGCGGCGAGGAUGGAGGAGAAGGAUGAGGAGGAUGGGAUGGAGGGUGGUGCGGAAGGGGGGAGGGAGCCGGAGGAGAAGGAGGACAAUUUGAUGGAUUUGAUUAGUGGGUAUGGGCUGGAGGCCGAGGCGAAGGGAGAGGCGAAGGGAGUGAGGCAGGAGAAGGAAAAGAGUGGGAAGAGGAAGGGAGGGGAGAGGUGA